AUGAAUACCAUAUGCCCAAUGGAUGAGCUAUCGGGGGCGCCACUGGUACCGUGGAAACUGGAGGGAACAGCUCCACAGGCCCCGAUCGCUGAGUGCCGAUGGAUCACGAAUGAGGCUACCAACGGGGAGUCAGAUCCAGGAACGCCAAAGCUCUCCAAGCGACUCACAAUUAUUUCAUUCGGUAUCAGUUAUAUGACCUCUGAGAAGUCAAAUAACAUGCAGUCUAUCGCUUGUUCGUCUGCAGAAAUGAAGGAGACGUCGGCGAAA